AGCAGGUUACGAUCAAGCGCCGUGUGUGAAGGGCGUUUCGUAGGUUCUUCUCUUCUAUUUAGAAACCCUCCUCACAUUCCCUUUCUUUUUUUUCUCUUUUCUUUCUGCUUUCUGAGGCAGAUUUGGUGCUCAGGUCUCUUUCCCCAAUAUUGGCUCUGAAGUCAACGCAGCAGAGUCGUCUUGUUCUUCUUCUCACUGAGCAGCACCCUCGCCUCCCCCCCCCCUUCCAUUUUAACGCUUGCCCGGGUCGUCUGCAUUAAAACUACUGGUUAUUCCAAAGUGGGGUUUUCUGAAGGCGUCUCGUCUGGACGCUCACUUAAAAAAGGGGGAAAGGAAGAAAAAUGCUGCGCUCUAGUUUUCCUCUGAACGCGCUCGGCGGCAGCGUGGUCCGGAGUAAAGCCCUCGUAGCCCCCGUCUCGAGCGUUAUCCUUCAAGAAGCCGGCACGAAUCUGCCGGGCAUCCCCCACCCCAACCGCGUAUGUCGUCUCUACCGUCAAUGGUUGAAGCUGGCGGUGCUCUGCCCACCGAGCGCGCUGUGCGACCUCAACGAGCAUGCCCAGAUGAACGAGCGCUUCGUCAUUAUCCUGCGCCAGAAGUUUCGCGAGGGGGCGGAGUUGCGGGACGCGGAGCAGAUCGCCGUCGCCGUGCAGUCGUGCGAGCGCAGUCUUGCGAUGUUUCGCUUUUUAGCGGCGGACGGGGCGAAGCGGAAGUUCCCCGAGGCGAAGCCGCGCCUGAAUUUGCACAAGAUGGGCUUCUUAGAGAUGGGUAAAAUUAACUACAAGCAGAUGGUGAAAGAGUACUGGAACACGUACGUGCUUCGCAAGUGGUAA